GUCAGUUAGUAACGAAAUCGAAGCGCGAGUCUAACCUAUUCAUAUUCGGGCGGUCACGCGAGCAACGUGCGAACGUUUUCUCUUAUAUUUCAACACCACGUUCACAGGUCUCGUUUUUCACGGCUUUGAUAGCAAAAUGGCUCAACAAGUCGACAACGCUGAAUUCUGCAAUUACCGUUCCCCGUUAAGCACUCGCUAUGCCUCCAAGGAAAUGCAGUACAACUUCAGUGAUCAGAAGAAGUUCUCUACGUGGAGACAACUGUGGGUGAAUUUGGCCAAAGCCGAAAAGGAGUUGGGACUGAAUAUCGAGGAUGAUCAAAUUAAAGAAAUGGAAGCCAACUUACAAAAUAUCGAUUUCAAUGCGGCCGCUGAGGAGGAAAAGGCCACCCGUCACGAUGUCAUGGCUCACGUACAUGUUUUUGCCCAACAAUGCCCAAAAGCUGCUCCUAUUAUUCAUUUAGGAGCGACCUCAUGUUUUGUCGGGGAUAACACCGAUCUGAUCGUAAUUAAAGACGGCUUCGAUAUUCUACUUCCUCGACUCGCAGCAGUCAUCAAGAAUCUCGCUCAUUUUGCGCAGGAAUACCGUACUAUGCCCACCCUUGGUUUCACUCAUCUUCAACCCGCUCAGUUGACCACAGUAGGCAAACGAGCCACUUUAUGGUUGAACGAUUUAUUGAUGGAUGAGCGAGACAUUAAACGGGCUCGAGAUGAUUUGCGAGCCAGGAGUACUAAAGGCACCACAGGAACUCAGGCUUCUUUCCUACCUUUUGAUGGUAAUAAGGAGAAAGUGGCGCAAUUGGAUAAACUUGUUUCAAAGUUGAGCGGAUUUGAAAAGUCCUACCCUGUUACUGGACAGACGUACUCUAGGAAAGUCGACAUUCAGGUAGUGGGAGCCUUGUCCAGCUUGGGUAGCACCGUGCAUAAGAUGUGCAGUGAUCUGAGACUUUUGGCGAACAUGAAGGAAAUUGAGGAACCAUUUGAGAAGAGUCAGAUUGGCUCCUCAGCUAUGCCUUACAAGCGCAAUCCAAUGCGUAGCGAGAGGUGUUGCGCGCUGGCGCGCCACAUGAUGACGCUUUACGCCAACGCCACCCAGACCCAUUCCACCCAAUGGUUUGAACGCACCUUGGACGAUUCUGCCAAUCGUCGUAUGACGUUGAGCGAAGCUUUUCUAAGUGCAGAUGCAGUUCUACUGACGCUUUUGAACAUUACUCAAGGUUUGGUCGUCUACCCGAAGGUUAUUGACAGACACGUUCGCGCCGAGCUACCAUUCAUGUCAGCUGAAAAUCUAAUUAUGGCCAUGGUAAAGAAGGGUGGUGAUAGACAAAUUUGUCACGAAAAGAUUAGAGUACUCUCUCACGAGGCUGCUGCUCAGGUGAAACAACACGGAUUAGACAAUGAUUUAAUCCAGCGCGUUAAUGACCAGUACUUCGCUCCAAUCAUUAACGAGUUGGACGUACUUUUAGACCCAACAACAUUUACUGGAAGGGCUGCUGACCAAGUCACUGAGUUUCUUCAGGAAGAAGUUCAACCACUUCUUGAAGCGUACAAGAAGGAACUUGAGGGACACUCAGCUCCUGUUGUUCUUAACAUUUAAUGUUGUUAAUGUUAUUUUUGUUGAAAACACUAUAUAUGCAUAUCUGCAUAUUGAAAAAAUAAAGACACCUGAAAUUA